AACUAUCACUGAAUGAAGAAUCAAAGGGACAAGGCUGCAUAAAAUGUAGAUUAUAUGGGACUUUACAGAGAAAUAUUGUUAUUUAAACUAAAAAGUCUCAUGAGUGUGCUUUUGGAGAGUUAAACUGUAAAAGCCAGAGUGGUUUGAUGGAUCAGGUUGAAUUGAAAAUGAAUGCAGCAUGAUAAAGCAGGGAGUUGUCCAGGAAAAGAUAUCUGAUCUCACUUCCAUGAACCAUUUGCCUCCCCUUAGCACUUUACCUCAGUGGUCACGCAUCAACACUCUAGACAGGGGACGCUACCCCAAGCCAUUUGUUAGAGACAAAGUCCAUAUUUAUCCCGAUAUGUCAAAGAAAGAGGAAGGAGAUGAUAAUAAAGAAGUAGAUCUUCUAGAAAUGGAUCCAAAACAGAGGAUCCAACACAUGGAGAGGAACAUGAUGUUUUUAAAACAACAGCAUCAGGAGGUGUUACAGUCCCUCCAUGCAGAAAUCGAAGCACUCAAAAAGGACAACAAAGAUCUUCAGUUUAAAAUCAUUAUGAGCCAGAAAGGUCAACAACAGCAGCAACCUGAGAAAAGAAGUGCCAGUAGUCAACGUAGUGCAAGAGACAGGUCCACACAAAAUGAACUGACAUCACAAGGAUUAGACAAAGAAUAUUCUUCCACUUCUUUGUUUUCUCAAACCCUUGAAUACACUAGCUCAGCAGGUCGAUCAAGGGAGGACAGAGUUGAUGAGUUAAAAGUGAUAUUCUUGGAAGAGGAAAUCAAGGAGUUGAAGCAUGCACUUAGGGAUGCCAGAAAUCGCAACAACUAUAUGUCUCAGCUUCUGGAACAAGCUGAAGAUUUCAAGAAAAAACAACAAUCUCGUAUUGAGAUGUUGCAGCAGCAAGUUUCUCAAGGGGGAGGAGCUUUAGCUGAGCAGAUAGCUGCUGGUAAUCUGAAUCCAUUUAGUAACCAAGUUAGACCUCCCACCCUGGCUGAAUGUGAAGCUAUAAUAAAGCAUCUUCAGAAAGUCAAUGAAAAUCAAGCUCAUGAGCUUGACGGUUUGAAGUCUGAUUUACGAGAUGUUCUGUAUUCUCACAAAUGGACACCUGAUGCCUAUCUUCUUGCCAAGGCUUAUAUUGCAGAGGAUGAUGCCAAAUCCACUCAGGAGAAAAGUCUGCCCAAAGUACCACUCAAAAACCCCUCCAGAAAACUGCCAGAGGUAGCUUACAUCAACAGGGAAACUGUCACCCUCCCAGCUCUCAAACAGACUGUGAGUAACCAGAAUGUAGAGAGGAAGAAGCGGACUCAGAUACUACAGAAGGCACGCCUCAGGAAGGAGGUCAUUCCUUGAUGAUUAUUAUUUUUAAUUUAAAUGCUGCAUUUUUUAAUCAGCUGGAUCACAAUUUAGUCAUAUUGAUGAACACUAUCCCCUUUAAUGUAUAUUCAUAUUUGGUCUUGUCUUUGCCUUAAGCAAUCAUAAGAGAGUUAAAAAAAAAAGGAAAAAUCUUUUUUCUCAAGGAGAGCAUUGCCAGUGUGACUCAGGUGAGUGUUAUUAUUACCCAUUGGCCACUUGUUUCCAAUUCAUUCAGUAUUCUAAUUUUAUUAUACCCCCCACAAAUGAAGUUUAGGGGGGGAAUAUAUUGGAAUCAGCAUGUCCAUCUGUCUGUAGAAGUGAUUUUGUCUUGACCUUUUCUUGGAGUCUAUUGCAUGGAUUUGUCUGAAAAUUUUUCACUCAUUAUUCACUAUUUUAAAGGUGUGCGCCUGUAUUUUCAUCAUGAUUUGAUAAUUUUUCUGCAUUUUACAGGUGUUUUUUUUUUUUCAUUUUUAUUGACUUAGUCAUUUGGGUUCAUGUAGGUUUGAGACAUAUAAUAUAAAACUGCCAGUUGGUACAUCAGUACAAAAAGGUGAAAUUGCAGCUUAAAACUACUCAUUAAAACUGAAAAAAAAUCACAAGGUAUUAAAAAUGUCUUUUGGUAGAUAGUCCCUACAAAUCUAAGAGUCAUGCAGUUACCUUAUUAAAAAAUUUGCAUCAAGAUUGCACAGUUCUUUUUUUUUCAUUAUAUAUAAAGCUUUGUAAUAAAUAAAAAAAAUCUUUGUUUUCAACAGAAUGACAUAAAUUUGCAUUUUGCUAUUGUACAUACUAGACUCCAGUGCAUUACACAGCAGACAGUGUAAAUCCAUUCAUCCCUUGGGAGUGAUGAGUGGACAUGCAUCCAGUUAAAGAUUAAUUAAUGAGUUCAAUGUGGAAAGCUGUUAGAGCAUCUCUGAUCUAGCAGGUGUUAUCUAUAUCUCCUGGGAAUUGGGCAGAAGAAUUAAAGAUCUCUGUUCUCUAAUUCUCUUAAUUGUAAUUUAUUUAUUCAGGCAAAUUUAAAUGUAUAGCUACUGGAUGACCAACCUUUUAUUUUUAAAAUGAAUUUGGUAUCAUCAAGUUAUCAAGAUUAAUUUGAUAUUGUAUGAUAUGAUUUUUUUUUCAACAAAAAAAUUCCAGAGUGUCAUGUCUCAAAAAGAUGACAGCUAGUUGCAAUUAAUUUUUUUCAAUCUAAUAAAAAAACAAAUAUAAUUAUUAGUAUUGAUGAUUUAUUAGGCUGCACCUUAGUUUAUCAUUCAUUAAAAAAAAAUAUAAUGAGCAAUUAGAUUUUCAAUUAAAAUGUUUAAACAAAUUGUGAACACCUCUUACAUCCAUAAAAUAUGUUCAGUGACUUGGCACCUUUUCUGAAAAACACAGCGGGGGGUAUUCGUCCAUUUUGGACAGUUCUUGUUUUAUUUGUACGUACUUAAUGUUUCAAUGAUGUAUACAAUAUUCAAGUUUAUUUUAUUUGGCAAAGCUCACGUAUUAUCUGCUUAAUUGUUUAUAGAUCAACUUUUUAAAGCUAAGUAAAAUUCUCCCCCUUCACUUUGUUGGUUUUAUAAUUUUAUACCAAGAAAAUGCAAAUCUAUAACUUUGAGUUUAUUGCAGCUUUAAUGCUUAUUAAAUUAAUUUUUAACUUUUUAAAUUUUGACUGAUAUUGUCCGAGCCUUUUUGUGUUCCAUUUGUGAAUAUUUAAGAAAGGAUAUGUAUUGUGAAGAUCAUUGAAUUGUAUGGCAAUGUAUGUGUUGUAUAAUUUAUCAGAAAAUUUGUAUCAUUCAGUUCACUUGGUGCUUUUUCAAAAAAUGUAUAAUCUUAUAUUUUAUUUAUCAGUGGGUUUCCUACUGUGCUCAUUAACUCAAUCUGAUCCAAGAUAUUAACAUAUUUUGGUGCUUUUGAUAUAUGAAACACUGUGCAUGCAUACUUGGACACAAUCAAUAAGAAUAAAGGAAAUUCAAAGUUGA